UGGCCGCAGCCGCAGCCGCAGCGUCCGAUGAUGCCGCCGCCGCCGGCGGCCGGUUCGACUUCGACGUCAUCGUGGUGGGCGCGGGCAUCAUGGGCAGCUGCGCGGCGCACGCGGCGGCGUCCCGCGGCGCGCGCGCCCUGCUCCUGGAGCGCUUCGACCUGCUCCACCACCUCGGCUCCUCGCACGGCGCGUCGCGCACCAUCCGCGACGCCUACGCCAAGGCGCACUACCCGCCCAUGGUGCGCCUCGCCCGCCGCCUCUGGGCCGACGCCGAGGCCGAGUCCGGCUACCGCGUGCUCACCCCGGCGCCGCAGCUCACCGUGGGCCCGCCCGGCGAUGCCUCGCUGCUCGCCGCCGUCGGGAACUCCGGCGCGCGCCGGGUGGACGAGGACGACCUCGCCGGGAGGUGGGGCGGCGCGUUCCGCGGCGUCCCGGACGGGUGGGUGGCUGCCGUCAGCGAGCUCGGCGGCGGCGUGCUGAACGCGACCAAGGCGGUGGCCAUGUUCCAGGCGCUCGCCGUCAAGGGGGGCGCCGUCGUCAGGGACAACGCGGAGGUCGUCGGCGUCGUCAAGAAGGACGGUGAGGCCGGAGUCUUCGUGAGGACGAGCGGCGGCGAGGAGUUCCACGGCGCCAAGUGCGUCGUGACGGUGGGCGCCUGGACGAGCAAGCUGGUCAAGUCCGUCGCCGGCGUGGACCUCCCCAUCCAGCCGCUGCACGCGCUCGUCCUGUACUGGAAGGUCAAGCCCGGCCGCGAGCGCGAGCUCGCGGCGGAGGCCGGCUUCCCGACGUUCUCCAGCCACGGCGACCCGCACGUGUACGGCACGCCGUCGCUGGAGCUCCCGGGCCUGAUCAAGAUCAACUACGACGGCGGCCCGCCGUGCGACCCGGACGGCCGGGACUGGGCCGGCGGCGGCGGCGACGCGGCCUCCCGCGUCGCCCGGUGGAUCGAGGAGUUCAUGCCGGACCACGUCGAGGCCGCCGGCGGGCCGGUCGUCCGGCAGCCGUGCAUGUACUCCAUGACGCCGGACAAGGACUUCGUGAUCGACUUCCUCGGCGGCGAGUUCGGCGACGACGUGGUGGUCGGGGCCGGGUUCUCCGGCCACGGGUUCAAGAUGGGGCCGGCGGUGGGGAGGAUCUUGGCCGAGAUGGCCAUGGACGGGGAGGCGAGGACGGCGGCGGAGGCCGGGGUGGAGCUCCGGCACUUCAGGAUCAGCCGGUUUGAGGGCAACGCCAUGGGAAACUAGCUUCAAUUCAAUGAUUGUUGCGAUGAAAUAUGAUGUAUUAUUGUAUCAUGCAUGUGAUUAUUGUUGGAGUAGUUGUUGGAUUAUCCUUUGUAAUCUUCUUCAAGCUGAUCAAGACUUCCUCUUCAAGCUGAUCAAAUCUUCUUCAAGUUGCUACUAGCUUGUGCUUUCAACUGUAACAAUUUUUAGUUUGUAAAACUAAACUUUAUAUAUUUGCUAUGGAUAUGGUUGAUUUGACA